AUGGCACAACACGGCCAAAGCUUCGAAGCAGAGUUCACACUGGAGGUCGAAGGCCUGUUCGGCGACGGAUCAGGGUCACAGACCAUUGUCGGCUCUGUCUCAGCACUUACUGCACUUCAGGAGGCCUUCGCCUCUGGGCUGAUCAUCAGCGCAGGAGUUUCCUCAGGUUCCGCAGCUUUUGAUGCUUCUUGCAUCUAUCUUCAAGAUAUCAGCGCGAUGCCAGACUUCCGUCAAGAGUCCGUUCUCAACGACCUCAGUGACAAGAGCACCAGAGCUGUCAAGAAGCUGGACGAGAUCGCAGGCCAGGGCAACCCACCUUUCCAAGCUCAGUAUCUCAACAGCGACGGGAUUCCAAGACUGCUUCGUUGCCUUUCCAAGUACCACUGCGAACGAUACUACGGCAAGUUCAACUACCAGCUCGGCGUCCUCACAGUCCUCGGCGAGGGUAGCAUGAAUGCUCAAGUCUUCGCUUCGACACUUCAGAAGGUCGUCACACACACCGUGUGGAUCUCUCGCAGGAUUGCUCCGCCAGUCAAUGUUGGCGAGCAGUAUUCGGAAGUCUUCUCUGCCUUCGUCCUUCCGGAAGUUGUUGCUGUACCAAAUCCACAGUACACACGACGAGACGAGAUUCGCACAACCAAUCGUACAGGAUCUGACGAUGCUACAACGGGUCAGCAACCAGUGAUCUCAAAGGCAAAGCAAGCAGACAUUGCCGAGCGCCAGACUCCAAAGUCCAGAGGGAGCUCAGCUUCCGCUUGGCAGAACAAAUGGCUGUACGACCAGCGAAGCGUCAAUGUCGACAACUUCUCCGAUGGACGCCUCCACCCUGAUGAUAUCCAAGGCGAGAUGGUCAUGUUGCUCGUUCCGCACAUCAGUACCGCUGACCUUCAAGCUCGAAUCAACGAGCUGUACGAGAAGAUCAAUGGCAGUGGACGUCAAGGCAACUUCGCCACUCUUCGCUUCAGAAACGCCCUCAUCGCCAAAUGCGAACGGGAAGGACUCGAUCGUCAGACUGAGUGGAUUGAGGUCCAGAACCAGCGCAGGCAGAAUGGUGUGAAGGCUGAUACUGGUCGCCCGCCAUCGCUCCAUCUGGGCAUCAACAAAGGCAAUGCUUAUGCUAAGCGUAAGGUUCCAGUCGCCAAGAACGACACGAACGAGGACGAGAGCGGGGAAGAAGAUCAGGAGGAGGAUCUGGAAGAGGACCAGGCCGAGGAGGGGCUACAAGGGGAGGCAGAAGCGGAGGCAGAAGCAGACCCAGAGAAGCUGUCGGAGGAGAUGGGAGAGUAG